AUGGCUGAGCAUCUUGCCCGAAUCUUCGGUACCGAAGAGGACCGUGUGAACUGCCCCUUCUACUUCAAGAUCGGAACAUGCCGUCACGGUGACCAAUGCUCUCGACAGCAUAACAGACCGGUCUCUAGUCAGACCGUCCUCCUCAAGGGGAUGUACCAGAACCCUCCGGCUGCCAUAGCUCUGGCAGAGGGUCAGGACGUCGCCGACGAGCAGGCUGAUGCCGCUCAGGAGCACUUCGAAGCCUUCUAUGAGGAGGUCUUCCUAGAGCUCGCUAAUUAUGGUACGUUCUAUGCGGGUCGUAUCAUACAGCCCGAGUACUCUCCUGUGACGGACUUCAGUGAAGCCAGGUGCCGUCAAUUCGAUGAUGCUCAGUGCUCGCGAGGAGGCUUCUGCAAUUUCAUACAUUGGAAGCACGUCCCGAGGAAGCUGAGGAGGAGACUCUAUCGUAAGAUGUACGAGCUACAUCCAGAAUACCGCAGUCGUUCGAGAUCCAGGUCGAGAGAGCGUCGCCGUUCUAGGAGUCGUGAUCGUGGACACCGUAGCCAUCAUCACCAUCAUGAUGACCGCGAUCGUCGUGAUCGUGGUCGUGACGAUCGAGGCCGGGACCGUGGUCGUGAAAGGCAGACUUCCGAGGAACGUCGAGCUAUGAUUGACCAGUGGAAUCGUGAAGCCGAGGCACAAGGUGGUAUCGAUCAAGCUCAGCUAUAA